AUGGUCAAACCAAGACUUAUCAUUCUUAUCCGGCAUGCCCAGUCAGAGGGUAACAAAAACAGAGAAAUUCACCAGGCCAUACCCGACCAUCGCGUCAAGCUCACGCCCGAAGGCUGGAACCAAGCAUAUGAAGCCGGCCGCUCCCUGCGCAAGCUGCUGCGUGCCGACGACACCCUCCACUUCUUCACCUCUCCAUACCGCCGAACCCGCGAGACCACUGAGGGCAUCCUUGCCACCCUGACAUCCGACGACGACGAGCCCUCUCCCUUCAAGCGGUCUAACAUCACCGUUCACGAAGAACCGCGGCUGCGCGAACAGGACUUUGGCAACUUCCAACCAUGUAGCGCCGAAAUGGAGCGUAUGUGGCAAGAGCGCGCCGACUAUGGCCACUUCUUUUACCGCAUCCCCAACGGCGAGAGCGCCGCCGACGCAUACGAUCGAGUGAGCGGCUUCAACGAGAGCCUGUGGCGUCAAUUUGGUGACAAUGACUUUGCCAGCGUCUGCGUUCUCGUCACCCACGGCCUCAUGUCCCGCGUAUUCCUCAUGAAGUGGUACCACUUCACCGUUGAAUACUUUGAGGACCUGCGCAACGUCAACCACUGCGAGUUCCUCAUCAUGCGCAAACAGGAGGAGAGCGGCAAAUACAUACUCGAGAAUAACCUCCGCACCUGGUCUGAGCUGCGGCGCGAACGCGUCCUGCAGGGUAAGGAAAAGCAGGUCGCCCCGAGCCCCAUCGAGAAGACUAAGAGCUUCGUCCCGACGCGGCGCUGGGGUGGUUGCCCCAACGGCUGCAACCACCAAAGCCACUACGUUCGCCGCGACGACCUCGAGUCGCUGCGACAGACGGAUGAAAAGGCAGCCGCGGCCGCCAGCACUGUCUGCAAGCCACACUCGCAGACCCACUCGCAGACCCCCUCCGUCUCGAGUCUCGCCAGUCGCCGGCCAGUAGGCAAGCGCUUUCAGCUCGCAUACGGCUCAGACGAAGACCACGACGACGAAGAGAGCGGCACCGGCGGAUCCCGCUCCACCCCUCAGAUUGACGUUGUCCGCUCUCACGAAGAGGUUGUCUCAUCACCCGAUGGUACGCCCUCUUACAUCUCCGCCGAGGACCGUCUGCGCAGCCUUCGUUCACCUCACCUCCACAUUGGGCGGGACGGUGGCGGCACGUACUCUGGUCACGCAUCCUUGUCGAAUAGUGACGCCGAGGACAACUCUGAGGACGAGCACGCCGGUCAUCGGGGUCACGGACGUGUUGCGUCGCUGGCGGCGCAGCUGGAGAAGCUCCCGACUGGUGCGAACGGACGGCACGCCAACGGACAUGCUACCGACACGCCAGGCGGCCAUGUGAACGGCAAGGGCCCUAUUGCGGUGGUCAACGAUGAGGCCGUCACCAAGGAAGAUGCAAGCUUGGACGAAUACGGCAUGGUGCCUGGCGCGCGUGCGAAUCGUCUCGGGGAUGCGCUCAGUAGUGUCGGCUCCGACGGUGGGAGGGACGCGGAUGACGAUGACGAUAUCGACCGGGCCGAGAGGGCCGACCGGAGCAUACAAGGGAGUGUCUAUUGA